AUGUGUCAGGUCCCCUUCCACGCGAGGCUCUUCGGGCCGUGGCUCGCCGCCGCUGCGGUCCUGGUUCUCGGCCAGGACGCGGCAGAUAAGGCAAAGUUUGGUGACCCUAUCAACGUCCUCGGUAGUAUGGAAAGAACCGACCAGGACUUCCAGGACGGCUUAGCACUAGAUCUCUUCUCACCCAAGAACCGCACGCUGGUCGUCCAACAGAACCUCACCCCGCUACCGGGCAACUUCGUGACGGGCACCACGGGCGGUCCCUUCAUGGCCCUCCAGAACUACUCGUACGUCAUCAGCCUCAACGAGUCGGCAAACGACCUCAUCGCCAAGAUCGAGAUCCCCUACGACCCGACUGCUCUCGCCGCGAUCGGCAUACAAGAGAGCAACACCUACGUCGGCACGCUGGCUGGUGACAAACGAAGCUGGAUCGUCAACGACGCGACGCGCAACGUGCAUAGAGAGGAGAACAAUACGCGGAUCAUCAAGAUGACGUCGCUCCAGGGCGAGUAUAUCCUGCUCGGGCGUAAGACGGUGGAUACGGCCAACGAGUUCGUGCAGUAUGGUCAGGGAGCUACGAGGACGGUCAACGUCACGGCGGGGAAUCGACAGGAAGCCGAGUUCAUCGACGGCUUGAGGCUGAGUGUUGUGCCGAGUACCGACAUGGGCAUCAACAUUGAUAUCGUGAAUGGGAUUUCGCCGCAGGCUGUUCCGCCGGGGUUGGUGCCGGUUAAUAGUUUUGCAUGGGUCGUUAACUCGAGUUCGCCUGGCGCUCCUAUGCUCGCAGAUAUGAAGUUUCCGUUCUGGUAUCUAGUUAAUCCUUCAAUGCUAUCCGCCGUUCGAGGUUUUGUCCAGCCAGCCCCAGUCAGGGUGGCAAAGAAAGCACUUGGGACUACUGCCGAAGUACCGUUUCAACUUAUGGCCGGGGAGAUUAUUGGAAUUUUGCCAGACAACUCGGUUACCAUUCCCAAUGUAACACAAGUAGACGGACAGUACGUGUUGCUCAUGGUGUCAUAA